AAACGAAAAUGUUGCCAGAACUUCAGGAGUGUAUUAAAACGGCACAGGACAGACUGUACCAUGGUUUCCUACCAACCGAGAGUAGUGGAAUUCAGUGGCUUGACUCCGUUUGCGGUGAUUUGCAUCGGCUUCUGAGGAUUGUACACAAACAUCUAAUCUUCGAUGGAAAUGGCAACGUUGGAGUGCUUGAAACGUGUUUCCUGUGCAUCUCACAGAUUGUUAUGUGUAUCCGUUGGCUGGAGAAAACAAUCUCAUCGGAAAUGGAUGCCGCAACCAGCCGGAAAGGUUUGCCACAAGCGAGACAAUGCUUUCUGGAUCGGAUUAUUUGGUGUCUGGAACGAUUGAAAUCUGUACUAGAGACCGAGGAUUCACCGGAGAGUGUAGCCGAUUCGAACUUUGUCAGUUAUCUCGAUUUGGCGCUCAGCUUGAUCGCACCCCUAACGGUUGCCAGCGAGGAAGUGUGUGCGGAGGAUGAAUACGAGACCAAGUACAACGAAGUCAUAGUCGAAAGUGGCCGUAUCCGGUCUGUCGUUGAAGCGCUUAUUUCCCAAACUUUCGGUUUUUGUAAUGUGCUACCCGACGUGGAUAGGAAACGCAUUACCAACGUUUGUCAAAAGGUCCUCAAGGAAUGUCUAGCCCUGGAGCGGGAAAAGGACGGACAGGAUUCGAGCGAUAGAAAGCUGCGUGUAAGCAUUCUUGAGAGUGCCAUCUACCAGCUGGAAACUCACGUCAACGAGUGUCUCAUACGGCUGGUUUACGACACCUUUGGGGACACCGAUCGUCGACUGCUUGCCCAACUGCGAACCAACAUAAGUUCCAACGUAAGCGAGGAACAAAUUGAAGAACUAACCAAACCGUUCGAUAGCUACGUUGAGCGUUUGAUGCAAAUCGGACUGUUCGCCAUAUCGUACGCUGAUAAUUUGAAAAUCUCAGCCGCCAUUCGUAGCUGCUUGGCCUCACUGGAAGCACUCGACUCGUACCUUAUCCCUUCGCUGUACGUCGGCGCGGACAGCAAUUCUGUUCUGCUGGAAAACCAUUGGCUUGAAGAAUCGUCCAACUUGUGCGUUCUGGUGCACAAAAUAAUCGACACCAAUGCAUUCGCUCUUUCGUUAAUUGAGUUGUUAGACGGAGCGCUGGACGAACUGCAGGCAGGCUUUAACAUACAGAAAGCACUCGAAAUGGUUCGUAAGGGGGAAAUAUUUCUGCACCAUCUGGAAAUCAAUUCUGUCGAGGUGAAUCUACAGGAAAAAAUCCUUUCCCUCCAUUACGGCGAUUACCGAACAAUGGUUCUAGAAUGUCGAGCGAUCGUAAAAUGUGCCGAACGAGACGCGACUAUCGAUUCAUCACGGAUUGUUAAACGAUUCCGUGUGUUGCAAGCAAAACUACGCAAAAUCCAAAUGACAAUCAGCAAUUGUAAGGAUGGAAAAAUAACUCCCGCAGACAAAUUAACAGCUCCACCAGAAUACACACCAGGACUGCGUAAAACCGAAUCAAAUGACGGAGAAGAGAAAGCUGCAACACCACAGGAAAGCUCACCGGAGCGGCGCGAAAUCGAGUCCAACUUGCGAGAACUAUUUUCCGCUACCCAGCAGCUACGCAUGUCAUCCUCCAACAUUCUUUACCAGAGCCGUCGUGGUUUGCCCGGAAAACGAAGAUUGGAAGUACCAUCACUGCUUGAACUUAACUCUUUUACGGAUAUUGUUACUCACCGAAGAGAACGUGCCGUAACGACUCCGGAAAAGGGUUCAAUCAGGAAGAAGCCGUUGCGAAGAAACAGUCUUCGUGUUGCAAUGUUCAAAAAGCAGCAGCGCGAUCAAACGGCCGAACUGUAUGAAAGCAUCAGAAGUGACAUCGAUCUGCAGAUCACAGAUAUUCUCGAUGAAUUAACUGACUUAUCAAACACUUUCUCAACGCACGCUUCACGCAAGUUAUCACUCUCGAAGGAUAUUCCAUCGACGACGACUAUUCGUAAGUCUAUCACCAACGAGGAGAUAGCGAUCGUUGAUGAUAAUAAAAUAAGAAUUAACAUAUACACUGAUAUAUGA